AUGGUUAGCUCAGUGGCUAAGGUCACGACGGUGAAAGAUGCUGGUGGUGAGAUGAUGUUCGGGGUGCUUGAAGGAAUACCAAAUAUGGAAGAUGUUUUGUUCAUGGAUUCAGACAUUGAGAAUGUGGAGGACAAUGUUAAUGUCGUGGAAAACGAUACGGUAGGAGAUGGUUUAACUGUGCCGGAGGUUGGUAUGCAAUUUAAUGAUGAAAAAGAAGUAUAUGAUUUUUAUGCAAGAAAUGUCUAUGCCGUGGGUUUUCCAGUUAGGAAGUGGAGUUCUACGAGAGAUGAUGACAGUGUUUUGAGAUAUAUCAUGUUGACGUAUAGUAGGGAGGGACGAAGAACUGGUAAUACAAGCACUUCUUUAAAGCCGCAACCAACAAUUCAAACGGGUUGCAAAGCUAGGAUCUCAGCGUCUUUAGAUAUCCAUGGUUAUUGGAAAAUUAACGCGGUCCAUCUUGACCACAACCAUAAGACAAGUCCUACUAAGUCUAGAUUAUAUAGAUGCAAUCGAAAAAUGACGGCACACGUGAAACGAAAGCUCGAAGUGAAUGACAUAGCAGGAAUACCAUUGCAUAAAAGUUUUAACUCCGCAGUUGUUGAGGCUGGUGGCUACGAGAAUAUGACUUGUAUUGAAAAAGAUUGUCGGAACUAUAUCGAAAAGGUAAGACGACUAAGACUUGGUGAGGGUGACGCAGCUGCAAUACAGACUUACUUUUCUGAAAUGCAAGCAUAUAAGGAGUUCGGGGACGUUGUGACAUUUGAUACAACCUACCUCACUAAUAAAUACGAUAUGCCCUUCACUCCUUUUGUUGGCGUGAAUCAUCAUGGGCAAUCAACGUUGCUGGGUUGUGGGUUGGUAUCGAAUGAGGACACAGAUACAUUUGUGUAG